AUUUAAAAAUCACAAAACUAUUUUAUUAAGAAUGACUGCAUUCAUCAUGCUUUACGGCCAAGCAGGAGUAUCAAUAGAGUCCCUUUCGCUUUCAAGAUAUCCUUUGUGCUUUAUGUAACCAUGAGUAAAAACGCCUUUCCGAAGAAGCAGAAACAACCAAAGCAAGAUCUGGAAGCCGCAGAAAAGCACUUCAAAGAGGCUUGCGAAAUAUUUCAGCGAGAAACAGCAAGACUUCGCCAAGAGCAGGGAGCGAUCGACGCCAUGUCGAAGAAGUUGGAGCAUGUUCACUUUUCUUCGACCAUAGAGCUAAAUGUCGGCGGUCAUCGCUUCACAACGAGUCUUCAAACGCUGACCAAAGAUCCAAAUUCAAUGCUGGCUGCUAUGUUUUCCGGGAAGUUUGAAAUUAAACCUUCUGAAGACGGCACUUUCUUUAUCGACCGAGAUGGAACUCACUUCCGAUUCAUACUUAAUUAUCUUCGCAAUGGUAAAUUGACUUUGCCAGAUGGUGCAACAUUUCUGAAAGAACUCGCUGAUGAAGCUGAGUUCUAUCAGAUACAAAGAAUCCUGGAGGAGUUGAGGCCCAAAACACCGAAGUGUUUUGAAAAAUCAGUAAUACUGACGAAUGAAGAGCACCGAAGCACGCUUAAAGGUUGGUUUCCUCAAUACAUUGAUAGCAAAUGGCAUCUUCUGUACCGUGCUUCUCGAGAUGGCUUCACAGCUGAAGCCUUUCACUCCAAAUGUGACAACAAAGGACCCACAGUUACCAUUGCCAAAAGUGGCAAUAACAUUUUUGGAGGCUUCACGGAAAAUUCCUGGCACGGUCAGAAGGGCUACCAACAUUGCUCACAAUCGUUCUUGUUCAGCUUGGUGAAUCCGUAUGGAUUGGCGCCAAGUAAAAUGCCACUUUUCAAUAAUCAGGAAUGUUCGAUGUACUGUAAUAGCUCCUGGGGACCAACAUUUGGAGGAGGGCAUGACUUAAAGAUAUCAGCUACUGCAAACACAAGUAGUUCAAGUUGCAGUAAGCUCGGCGAUACGUAUCAGUGUCCCGCAGGCCAGCAGAAUACAUUCUUGGUGGGAGCUAAUAAUUUCGUGGUGAAAGACUACGAAGUGUUUGGAGUCCAGCAGUGAUAACAAGCAAGUAAGACGGCUGCAUGCGAAUCGUUACGGUGAUUCAAACUUUAAUAUAUGUAAUACAUUGUUGAUCAGUUACAAUCUGCACAUCAUUUGGAUUCUAAUACAACCUAAUUUUUUUCUCGAAGAUCAAGAAAGAGCUGUAAUUAACUAAGCUCCUUUCUAUUUUGUUCCAAUUCGGACAAGUACAAGCCAGAUCGCAAAGUAAGCAGGGCGUCUUCUUGUUCACCUUUAAUCUAGACUUCUUCGAUAAAGUGUGAAUAAGUCAAAAUUAGGACAGAAAGUAAACAAAACAAAUUAAGACCCACUGACUGAAUCCAGACUAGUAAGGCGCAAAUUUAAGAAUCAGCUAUUUGCUCUUAUUAAAAACUAGAUCGUUGGAUAAUGCAAUUCAAGACUUUUUAUUGGCUUAGCCAUUAUGGUAUAUCA